UGACACGCUGGCGUAUUUCGACGUCGUCUCUCGACGACUUUAGAAGAUCUUUUUCUUUGAACUGUGAGAAGAGAAGUUAGGGCGCCGCGGAGCUGACACUGGUUCAGAACGCUGCCCCAAAGUUUUUCUACUUUCACGACAUUCUUGAAGACACGGUAUACGGAACAUCAGAAACAUGAAGUGGACGGUGUUAGUCUCGGCUCUUCUGCUGUGCGUCUCGAUCGGUGGGACAAAUGCACAAGUUUGCGGAGAGGGGACAGGCUUGUUCGACAACCCUUGUCCAGCAAACAGCGUGUUCACAAUUGGCACAACCUGCUGCCCUGCGACCUGCCAGGAUCUAUCCGCCCCGAAUUCGUGUACUCUAGGCGUUACGGACGGCUGCCAGUGUGAUGGUACCCGCGUCUGGAGUAAGAACAACUGUGUUGAACAACCCGAUUGCGGAUGUAUCGAUCCUGACACCGGUACAUAUUAUGAGCUCAAUGAAGUAUGGACAACACCAGAUAUGCAAGAAUGCGAAUGCACUACAGGAGGGAUCAUCAUUUGCAACCCAGUUGACUGUGAUGGAGAUGGAGGUUACACCUGGGAGUUUGUGGAUGGAGCUUAUGGAUGCGACUGCACAGGCGACUGCUGUGAUAGAACAAUCUGCAAAGCAUCCGGAGACCCACACACCCUUACUCCUGACGUGGGUCGCCAUGAUUACCAAGGAUGUGGCUUGUACACGUUCGCCAAGGACUGCACAGGCAACACCUUCAACGUCGAAACAAAACACGUCCCCUUAGACGAGAAUCCAGAUGUUACUGCUAUCCGUGCAGUGUACGUGACAGUAACCAUUGGCGUGAAUACGUUUAUAAUUUGUCUUCUUGAAGAAAAAGUUGUACUGGUCGAUGGAGUUCGCUAUGCGCUUCCUGUCAGCCUAGCAAAUGGCGACAUCGAGAUCCAUCUGACCGGAAGGUUCGUCCGACUAGAGCUGGUGGACUUGUGCGUGGUGGUUUACUACGAUGGGGUACAUUAUGUUAAGAUGGAGAUUCCAAGGAACUACGAGGGUCAUCUGUGUGGAUUGUGCGGUAACUUCAACGGCGAUGCGACCGAUGACUUGAUGCUGCCGGAUGGGAGCCAAGCCGCCAACGAGAACCAGUUCGGAAACAGCUGGCAGACCCAGCCCGGAGUAGCGCAAGGAACGUGGGACUUAACUUGUGGUGACCUUCCUACAGGUGAACCCCCGGCCCCUGGACCGUGUGACCCGAUGUACACAGACCAGUGUGACGUGCUGUUGGAUGCGAACGGUCCGUUUGCUGCUUGCCAUGCCGCUGUGGAUCCUACGCCUUACUAUGACGACUGCGUCUCCGACGCUUGUGCAAAGGACAAUUACCUUUGCCCGACCUUAGAGACAUAUUAUGACUGCUGCAUGGAAGCAGGCGUGUCUCCCUUUGUUUGGCGGUCGGACAACCUCUGCCAAAUGGAUUGUCCAGCAAACAGCGUCUACUCUUCAUGCAUGAGCGCCUGCCCUGCGACGUGCGUGAACCCCGACGCCCCAGACAACUGUGACGAACCUUGUGUGGAAGGCUGCGAGUGCGUUGACGGCUACAUACUAAGUGACCGGGACUGCGUAGUCGAUAGUUCGGGCUGUGGUUGCACAGACAUUUAUGACAACUACCAUCCGCUCGGAGAGCCAUGGGGAACAGAAGACGGACAACAAUGCGAAUGCGUGCUGUUCUUUACGUUUCUGUUCGCCGAUUGUCAACCAGUGACAUGUCAAGAAGCCGAUGGUUACUACUGGACGCUCGUGGAUGGUGUAUAUGGAUGCCACUGCGUUGUACCCUGUUGUGGUGUGACCUGCGAAAAUGGCGGAACUUGCGUGAACGGUGCCGACGACAGCUAUACCUGUGACUGUGCUCCUGGCUAUGAAGGAGAUCACUGUGAAACACCCAAGCAAUGCCCAACUCCGAUGGCCCCAGGAAAUGGAGCUAUGAGUCCUGUCGGACCGUACGAGUACCAGGAUGAGGUCACGUUCAGCUGUGACGAGGGAUACGAACUGGUCGGAGUCUCUAGUGUGACGUGUCUGGCGGACCAAACAUGGAGUGCCCCUACUCCAACUUGCCAACCGUUGCCAUGCGCAACUCUGAUGCCCCCAGUAAAUGGAGCUCUGAGCCCUGACGGACCGUACGUUUACCUGGACGUGGUCACGUUCACCUGUGACCUGGGAUAUACACUCAACGGAGCCCCUAGUGUGACGUGUCUGUCGGACCAAACAUGGAGUGAUGUUGUUCCAACUUGCGAACCGAACUAUUGCCCAGAUGUGAUGCCCCCAGUAAACGGGGAUCGGAGUCCUGCCGGACCUUACCUUUACCCAAACGUGAUCACGUUCUCCUGUGACCCGGGAUACGAACUGAACGGACCCUCUAGUGUGAUGUGUGAGCCGGACGGAACAUGGAGUGCUGCGAUUCCAACAUGCGAACGGGUGCAAUGCCCAUAUCGGAUGGCCCCAGAAAAUGGAGCUCAGAGUUCUGAAGGACCGUACUAUUACGGGGACGUGGUCACGUACAGCUGUGAUGAGGGAUACGAACUGGCCCCGGGCGGAGCCUCUAGUGUAACGUGUCAGGCGGACGAAACUUGGAGUGCUGAUGUUCCAACUUGCCAACGGGUGCAAUGCCCAUAUCGGAUGGCCCCAGAAAAUGGAGCUCAGAGUUCUGAAGGACCGUACUUUUUCGGGGACGAGGUCACGUACAGCUGUGAUCUGGGAUACGAACUGGCCCCCGGCGGAGCCUCUAGUGUAACGUGUCAGGCGGACGAAACUUGGAGUGCUGAUGUUCCAACUUGCCAACGGGUGGAAUGCCCAUAUCGGAUGGCCCCAGUAAAUGGAGCUCAGAGUUCUGAAGGACCGUACUAUUCCGGGGACCAGGUCACGUACACCUGUGAUGAGGGAUACGAACUGGAUGGAUCCACUAGUGCGACGUGUCAGGCGGACACAAUGUGGAGUGAUGAUGUUCCAACUUGUCAACGCGUGCAAUGCCCAUAUCGGAUGGCCCCAGAAAAUGGAGCUCAGAGUUCUGAAGGACCGUACUAUUACGAGGACGAGGUCACGUACAGCUGUGAUCAGGGAUACGAACUGGCCCCGGGCGGAGCCUCUAGUGCAACGUGUCAGGCGGACGAAACUUGGAGUGCUGAUGUUCCAACUUGCCAACGGGUGGAAUGCCCAUAUCGGAUGGCCCCAGUAAAUGGAGCUCAGAGUUCUGAAGGACCGUACUUUUCCGGAGACCAGGUCACGUACAGCUGUGAUGAGGGAUACGAACUGGAUGGAUCCACUAGUGCGACGUGUCUGCCGACCACAAUGUGGAGUGAUGAUGUUCCAACUUGUCAACGGGUGCAAUGCCCAUAUCGGAUGGCCCCAGAAAAUGGAGCCCAGAGUUCUGAAGGACCGUACUAUUACGGGGACGAGGUCACGUACAGCUGUGAUCAGGGAUACGAACUGGCCCCGGGCGGAGCCUCUAGUGUAACGUGUCAGGCGGACGAAACUUGGAGUGCUGAUGUUCCAACUUGCCAACGGGUGCAAUGCCCAUAUCGGAUGGCCCCAGAAAAUGGAGCUCAGAGUUCUGAAGGACCGUACUAUUACGAGGACGUGGUCACGUACAGCUGUGAUCUGGGAUACGAACUGGCCCCGGGCGGAGCCUCUAGUGUAACGUGUCAGGCGGACGAAACUUGGAGUGCUGAUGUUCCAACUUGCCAACGGGUGGAAUGCCCAUAUCGGAUGGCCCCAGUAAAUGGAGCUCAGAGUUCUGAAGGACCGUACUAUUCCGGGGACCAGGUCACGUACAGCUGUGAUGAGGGAUACGAACUGGAUGGAUCCACUAGUGCGACGUGUCUGCCGAACACAAUGUGGAGUGAUGAUGUUCCAACUUGUCAACGGGUGCAAUGCCCAUAUCGGAUGGCCCCAGAAAAUGGAGCUCAGAGUUCUGAAGGACCGUACUUUUUCGGGGACGAGGUCACGUACAGCUGUAAUCAGGGAUACGAACUGGCCCCGGGCGGAGCCUCUAGUGUAACGUGUCAGGCGGACACAACUUGGAGUGCUGAUGUUCCAACUUGCCAACGGGUGCAAUGCCCAUAUCGGAUGGCCCCAGAAAAUGGAGCUCAGAGUUCUGAAGGACCGUACUAUUACGAGGACGUGGUCACGUACAGCUGUGAUCUGGGAUACGAACUGGCCCCGGGCGGAGCCUCUAGUGUAACGUGUCAGGCGGACGAAACUUGGAGUGCUGAUGUUCCAACUUGCCAACGGGUGGAAUGCCCAUAUCGGAUGGCCCCAGUAAAUGGAGCUCAGAGUUCUGAAGGACCGUACUUUUCCGGGGACCAGGUCACGUACAGCUGUGAUGAGGGAUACGAACUGGAUGGAUCCACUAGUGCGACGUGUCUGCCGAACACAAUGUGGAGUGAUGAUGUUCCAACUUGUCAACGGGUGCAAUGCCCAUAUCGGAUGGCCCCAGAAAAUGGAGCUCAGAGUUCUGAAGGACCGUACUAUUUCGGGGACCAGGUCACGUACAGCUGUGACCAGGGAUACGAACUGGACGGAGCCUCCGGUGUAACGUGUCAGGCGGACCAAACAUGGAGUGCUACUGUUCCAACUUGUAACGAUAUCGACGAAUGUGACAUGUACAUGGGCACGAACAACUGCCACGCCCAGGCAACCUGUACUAAUACGGACGGCAGCCUCACAUGUACUUGUAACGACGGUUACACCGGGAACGGAGUCUCCUGUACUGAUAUCAACGAAUGUACAGCUAACACGGACAACUGUCACGAUGAUGCAACCUGUGGUAACACAAUCGGCAGUUUCACCUGUACCUGUAACCCCGGUUACACCGGGAGUGGAGUCGACUGUGAUGAUAUCGACGAAUGUGAAGCUAACACGGACAACUGUCACAAUGAUGCAGCCUGUGCUAACACAGACGGCAGUUUCACCUGUACCUGUAACGACGGCUACACCGGGAAUGGAGUCUCCUGUACUGAUAUCAACGAAUGUACAGCUAACACGGACAACUGUCACGAGGAUGCAACCUGUGGUAACACAAUCGGCAGUUUCACCUGUAGCUGUAACACCGGUUACACCGGGAGUGGAGUCGACUGUGAUGAUAUCGACGAAUGUGAAGCUAACACGGACAAUUGUCACGCCCACGCAAGCUGUGCUAACACAGAUGGCAAUUUCACCUGUACCUGUGACGACGGUUACACCGGGGACGGUGUCACCUGUACUGAUGUCAACGAAUGUACAGAUGGCACACACAACUGCGAUGACGAUGCAACAUGUACCAACACAGACGGCAGUUUCGAAUGUACUUGUAACGCCGGUUAUACCGGGAACGGAGUCACAUGUACUGAUACCGAUGGAUGUGAUCCGGAUCCGUGUGUUGCAAUAGCCACCUGUACCGACAUUCCGGCUCCUGGGACGGGUGCAACUUGUACCUGUCCCUCGGCAGGGUAUUACGGUGAUGGAAAAGUUCAUGGCAGUGGUUGUCAAGACGUCCCCGGUUGCGACAUGUACAACAAUCCGUGUCAUACCCUGGCUACCUGUACCGACGUUCCGGCUCCAGGGACCGGUGCGGUAUGUAUGUGCCCGGAUGGAUAUGAGGGCGAUGGAACUAUGUCUGGAACCGGAUGUACAGAAAUCAAUGGAUGCGACCCCGACCCGUGCGAUCCUAACGCUGAAUGUACAGACAAUCCACCUCCUGCUGACGAUGCGACUUGUGAGUGUAACGAUGGAUAUGAGGGAAAUGGAUUCACAUGCACAGAUGUCAACGAAUGUGAAACUGACACGGACAACUGCGAUGAUGAUGCAACCUGUGGUAACACAAUCGGCAGUUUCACCUGUACCUGUAACCCCGGUUACACCGGGGACGGAGUCAACUGUGAUGAUGUCGACGAAUGUACAACUGGCACGCACAACUGUCACACUCACGCAUUCUGUACUGACACGGACGGCGGUUUCACCUGUACCUGUAACGACGGUUACACCGGGAACGGAGUCACCUGUACUGAUAUCGACGAAUGUGCAACUGACACGGACAACUGCCACGAUGAUGCAACCUGUACUGACACAGACGGUAGUUUUACCUGUACCUGUGACGUCGGUUACACCGGGGACGGAGUCGACUGUGAUGAUAUCGACGAAUGUGAAGCUGACACGGACAACUGCCACACUCACGCAGCCUGUACUAACACAGACGGCAGUUUCACCUGUGACUGUAACGCCGGUUACACCGGGAACGGAGUUAUCUGUGAUGAUAUCGAUGAAUGUGCAGCUGGCACGGAUAACUGCGAUGACGAUGCAACCUGUUCUGACACCGACGGCAGUUUCGUCUGUACCUGUAACGUCGGUUACACCGGGGAUGGAGUCAACUGUGAUGAUAUCGACGAAUGUACAACUGGCACGGACAACUGCGAUGAUGAUGCAACCUGCACUAACACAGACGGCAGUUUCACCUGUGCCUGUAACACCGGUUACACCGGGGACGGGGUCAAUUGUGAUGAUAUCGACGAAUGCACAGAUGGCACACACAACUGCGAUGACGAUGCAACCUGUACUAACACAGACGGCGGUUUUACCUGUGACUGUAACAACGGUUACAGCGGGGACGGAGUCACCUGUGAUGAUAUUGAUGAAUGCACAGAUGGCACACACAACUGUGAUGAUGAUGCAACCUGUACUAACACAGACGGCAGUUUCACCUGUGCCUGUAACACCGGUUACACCGGGGACGGAGUCACCUGUGAUGAUAUCGACGAAUGUACAGAUGGCACGGACAACUGCGAUGAUGACGCAACCUGUACUAACACAGACGGCAGUUUCACCUGUGACUGUAACAACGGUUACGCCGGGGACGGAGUCAACUGUGAUGAUAUCGACGAAUGCACAGAUGGCACGGACAACUGCGAUGAUGAUGCAACCUGUACUAACACAGACGGCAGUUUCACCUGUGACUGUAACGACGGUUACACCGGGGACGGGGUCAACUGUGAUGAUAUUGAUGAAUGUACGGAUGGCACGGACAACUGCGAUGAUGAUGCAACCUGUGGUAACACAAUCGGCAGUUUCAACUGUAACUGUAACAACGGUUACACCGGGGACGGAGUCAACUGUGAUGAUAUCGACGAAUGUACAGAUGGCACGGACAACUGCAAUGAUGAUGCAACCUGUACUAACACAGACGGCGGUUUCACCUGUGACUGCAACAACGGUUACACCGGGGACGGAGUCACCUGUAAUGAUAUUGACGAAUGUACAGAUGGCACGGACAACUGCGAUGACGAUGCAUCCUGUGCUAACACAAUCGGCAGUUUUACCUGUAACUGUAACAACGGUUACACCGGGGACGGAGUCAACUGUGAUGAUGUCGACGAAUGUGCAACUGACACAGACAACUGCGCCAAUGAUGCAACCUGUACUAACACAAUCGGCAGUUUCACCUGUGCCUGUAACGAGGGUUUUACCGGGAACGGAGUCACAUGUACUGAUAUCAACGAAUGUACAGAUAACACGGACAACUGCCACGAUGAUGCAACCUGUGCUAACACAAUCGGCAGUUUCACAUGUUCCUGUAACCCUGGUUACACUGGGGACGGAGUCAACUGUGAUGAUAUCGAUGAAUGUGCAACUGGCACGGACAACUGUCACAAUGACGCAACCUGUACCAACACAGACGGUAGUUUCACCUGUUCUUGUAACGAAGGUUACACCGGAAAUGGAGUCACCUGUACUGAUAUCAACGAAUGUACAAGUGACACGGACAACUGCCACGAGGAUGCAACUUGUGCUAACACAGUCGGCAGUUUUACAUGUUCCUGUAACACCGGUUACGCCGGUGACGGAGUCACCUGUGAUGAUAUCGACGAAUGUGACAUGUACAUCGGCACGAACAACUGUCACGGCGAUGCAACCUGUACUAACACAGACGGCAGUUUCACCUGUGCCUGUAACGACGGUUACACCGGGAAUGGUGUCACCUGUACUGAUAUCAACGAAUGUACAGCUAACACGGACAACUGCCACGAUGAUGCAACCUGUGCUAACACAGUCGGCGGUUUUACAUGUUCCUGUAAUACCGGUUACACCGGGGACGGAGUCAACUGUGAUGAUGUCGAUGAGUGUGCAGAUGACACGGACAACUGCCACGCUGAUGCAACCUGUGCUAACACAGACGGUAGUUUCACCUGUACCUGUAACAACGGUUACACCGGGACUGGAGUCACCUGUACUGAUAUCAACGAAUGUACAGAUAACACGGACAACUGCCACGAUGAUGCAACCUGUGGUAACACAAUCGGCAGUUUCACCUGUGCCUGUAACACCGGUUACACCGGGGACGGGGUCAACUGUGAUGAUAUCGACGAAUGUGACCUUGGCACGGACAACUGCCACACUCACGCAAGCUGUGCUAACACAGACGGCAGUUUCACCUGUUCUUGUAACAGCGGUUACACCGGAGAUGGAGUCAACUGUGAUGAUAUCGACGAAUGUUCAGAUGGCACACACAACUGCGAUGAUGAUGCAACCUGUUCUGACACGGACGGCAGUUUCACCUGUUCGUGUAACGUCGGUUACACCGGGGACGGAGUCAACUGUGAUGAUACCGAUGGAUGCGUUCCGGAUCCGUGUGUUGAAAUAGCUACCUGUACCGACAUUCCGGCUCCUGGGACGGGUGCAACUUGUACCUGUCCCUCGGCAGGGUAUUACGGUGAUGGAAAAACUCACGGCAGUGGGUGUCAAGACGUCCCCGGUUGCAGCGAGGACAACAAUCCGUGUCAUCCCCUGGCUACCUGUACCGACGUUCCGGCUCCAGGGACCGGUGCGGUAUGUGUGUGCCCGGAUGGAUAUGAGGGCGAUGGAACUAUGACUGGAACCGGAUGUACAGAAAUCGAUGGAUGCGACCCCGACCCGUGCGAUCCUAAUGCUGAAUGUACAGACAAUCCACCUCCUGCUGACGAUGCGACUUGUACGUGUAACGAUGGAUAUACGGGAGAUGGAUACACAUGCACAGAUAUCAACGAAUGUACAACUGGCACGGACAACUGCGAUGAUGAUGCAACUUGUGGUAACACAAUCGGCAGUUUCACCUGCACCUGUAACAGCGGUUACACCGGUGACGGAGUCAACUGUGAAGAUAUCGACGAAUGUGACCUUGGCACGGACAACUGCCACACUCACGCAACCUGUACUGACACAGACGGCGGUUUCACCUGUACCUGUGAUGACGGUUACACCGGGGAUGGAGUCAACUGUGCUGAUAUCGACGAAUGUUCAGAUGGCACACACAACUGCGAUGAUGAUGCAACCUGUUCUGACACCGACGGCAGUUUUACCUGUACCUGUAACGAGGGUUACUCCGGGGACGGAGUCACCUGUGAUGAUAUCGACGAAUGUGACAUGUACACGCCGGGCACGAACAACUGCCACACUCAUGCAACCUGUACUGACACAGACGGUAGUUUUACCUGUACCUGUAACACCGGUUACUCCGGGGACGGAGUCAACUGUGAUGAUAUCGACGAAUGUGCAGCUGGUACGCACAACUGCCACGAUGACGCAACCUGUACUGACACAGACGGCAGUUUCACCUGUACCUGUAACACCGGUUACUCCGGGGACGGAGUCAACUGUGAUGAUAUAGAUGAAUGUGCUACUGGCACGGACAACUGCGAUGAUGAUGCAACCUGUACUAACACAGACGGCGGUUUCACCUGUACCUGUAACGAGGGUUACACCGGGGACGGAGAAAACUGUGAUGAUAUUGACGAAUGUACAGAUGGCACGGACAACUGCCACGCUCAUGCAACCUGUACUAACACAGACGGUAGUUUCACAUGUGGCUGUGACACCGGUUACUCCGGGGACGGAGUCACCUGUACUGAUAUCGACGAAUGUGACAUGUACAUGGGCACGAACAACUGCGAUGAUGAUGCAACCUGUAGUAACACAGACGGCAGUUUUACCUGUACCUGUAACAACGGUUACACCGGAGAUGGAGUCAACUGUAAUGAUAUCGACGAAUGUACAGUUGGCACCCACAACUGCGACAAUGAUGCAACCUGUGCUAACACAAUCGGCAGUUUUACCUGUUCCUGUGACGUUGGUUACACCGGGGACGGGGUCAACUGUGACGAUAUCGACGAAUGUGACAUGUACACGCCGGGCACGAACAACUGCCACGGUCAGGCAACCUGUACUAACACAGACGGCAGUUUCACCUGUUCUUGUAACACCGGUUUCAGCGGGGACGGAGUCAAUUGUGAUGAUAUCAACGAAUGUACAGAUAACACGGACAACUGUGAUGAAGAUGCAACCUGCGGUAACACAAUCGGCAGUUUCACCUGUGAAUGUAACCCAGGUUACAGCGGAGACGGAGUCAACUGUGAUGAUAUCGACGAAUGUGACAUUGGCACGGACAACUGCCACGAUGAUGCAACCUGUACUAACACAGUUGGCAGUUUCACCUGUAGCUGUGACGAAGGUUACACUGGAAAUGGAGUCUCCUGUACUGAUAUCAACGAAUGUACAGAUGGCACACACAACUGCCACGAGGAUGGAACCUGUGCUAACACAGUCGGCAGUUUUACAUGUUCCUGUAAUAACGGUUACGCCGGGGACGGAGUCGACUGUGAUGAUAUCGACGAAUGUGACAUGUACAUGGGCACGAACAACUGCGAUGACGAUGCAACCUGUACUAACACAGACGGCAGUUUUACCUGUAGCUGUAACAACGGUUACACUGGAAAUGGAGUCUCCUGUACUGAUAUCAACGAAUGCACAGAUGGCACACACAACUGCCACGAGGAUGGAACCUGUGCUAACACAGUCGGCAGUUUUACCUGUUCCUGUGACACCGGUUACGCCGGGGACGGAGUCAACUGCGAUGAUAUCGACGAAUGUGACACUGACACGGACAACUGCCACACUCACGCAACUUGUACUAACACAGACGGCAGUUUCACCUGUUCUUGUAACGACGGUUACUCCGGGAAUGGCGUCACCUGUACUGAUAUCGACGAAUGUGCAACUGGCACGGACAACUGCCAUGAUGAUGCAACCUGUUCAGAUACAGACGGCAGUUUCACCUGUACCUGUAACACCGGUUACACCGGGGACGGAGUCAUCUGUACUGAUACCGAUGGGUGCGAUCCGGAUCCGUGUGUUGAAAUAGCUACCUGUACCGACAUUCCGGCUCCUGGGACGGGUGCAACUUGUACCUGUCCCUCGGCAGGGUAUUACGGUGAUGGAAAAGUUCAUGGCAGUGGUUGUAACGACGUCCCCGGUUGCGACAUGUACAACAAUCCGUGUCAUAGCCUGGCUACCUGUACCGACGUUCCGGCUCCAGGGACCGGUGCGGUAUGUAUGUGCCCGGAUGGAUAUGAGGGCGAUGGAAUUAUGACUGGAACCGGAUGCACAGAAAUCGAUGGAUGCGACCCCGACCCGUGCGAUCCUAAUGCUGAAUGUACAGACAAUCCACCUCCUGCCGACGAUGCGACUUGUGAGUGUAACGAUGGAUAUGAGGGAAAUGGAUUCACAUGCACAGAUAUCAACGAAUGUACAACUGACACGGACAACUGCCACGAGGAUGCAACCUGCGCGAACACAAUCGGCAGUUUUACCUGUGACUGUAACGACGGGUACGCCGGGGACGGAGUCGACUGUGAUGAUAUCGACGAAUGUGACAUGUACAUUGGCACGAACAACUGCCACGCUCAGGCAACAUGUGAUAACACAGACGGUAGUUUCACCUGUACCUGUAACACCGGUUACACCGGGAACGGAGUCACCUGUACUGAUAUCGACGAGUGUGCAACUGGCACAGACAACUGCCACGAUGAUGCAACCUGUUCUGACACAGAUGGCAGUUUUAUCUGUACCUGCAACGAGGGUUACACCGGGGACGGAGUCGACUGUGAUGAUAUCGACGAAUGUGCAUCUGGUACGGACAACUGCCACACUCACGCAACCUGUACUAACACAGACGGCAGUUUCACCUGUACCUGUGACGACGGUUACACCGGGGACGGAGUCAACUGUGAUGAUAUCGACGAAUGUGCAACUGGCACGGACAACUGCCACGAUGAUGCAACCUGUUCAGACACAGACGGCAGUUUCACCUGUACCUGUAACGAGGGUUACACCGGGGACGGAGUAAACUGUGAUGAUAUCGACGAGUGUGCAGCUGGCACGGACAACUGUCACACUCACGCAAGCUGUAGUAACACAGACGGCGGUUUCACCUGUACCUGUGACGACGGUUACACCGGGGACGGAGUCACCUGUACUGAUAUCGACGAAUGUGCAACUGGAACGGACAACUGUGAUGAUGAUGCAACCUGUACUAACACAGACGGCGGUUUCACCUGUACCUGUAACGUCGGUUACACCGGGGACGGAGUCGACUGUGAUGAUAUCGACGAAUGUGACCUUGACACGGACAACUGCCACGAACACGCAACCUGUACUAACACAGACGGCAGUUUCAUCUGUACAUGUAACGAAGGUUACACCGGGGAUGGAGUCAGCUGUACUGAUAUCGACGAAUGUGCAACUGGUACGGACAACUGCCAUGACGAUGCAACCUGUUAUAACACAGACGGCAGUUUCGUCUGUAUCUGUAACGUCGGUUACACCGGGGACGGAGUCAACUGUGACGAUAUCGACGAAUGUAUAGAUGACACGGACAACUGUCAUGACGAUGCAACCUGCGCUAACACAAUCGGCAGUUUCACCUGUGCCUGUAACGACGGUUACACCGGGGACGGAGUUGACUGUGAAGACAUCAACGAAUGCACAGAUGGCACGGACAACUGCCACGAUGAUGCAACCUGUACCAACACAGACGGCAGUUUCUUCUGUACCUGUGACGACGGUUACACCGGGGACGGAGUUGACUGUGAUGAUAUCGACGAAUGCGCAAUUGGAACGGACAACUGUCACGAUGAAGCAACCUGUACUAACACAAUCGGCAGUUUCAACUGUACCUGCAACUUCGGUUACGACGGAGAUGGAGUGAACUGUACUUAUAUAGCUAUCUGCGAUUCUAGCAGCAGCAGUGGCUCCAGCAGCAGCGGCAGUGGUUCUUGCAGCGGUGUGGACCCUGGAUACAUAUGCAUAGAUAUCGACGAAUGUGCAGAUGGCACGCACAACUGCCACGAACACGCAACCUGUACUAACACAGACGGCAGUUUCAGAUGUACCUGUAACGAGGGUUACAAAGGAAACGGAGUAAAGUGUAAAGCUACAGAUAGCAGUGGCUCAAGCAGCAGCAGUGGCUCAAGCAGCAGUGGCUCAAGCGGAAGCGGAGGCGGCAGUGGAGGCUCCGGCGGAGGCAGCAGUGGAGGCGGCGGCAGUGGAGGAUCCGGUGGUGGCGGCAGUGGUGGCUCCGGCGGUGGCGGCAGUGGAGGCUCCGGCGGUGGCGGCAGUGGUGGCUCCGGCGGUAGCGGCAGUGGUGGCUCCGGUAGCGGAGGCAGCAGUGGUGGCUCCGGCGGUAGCAGCAGCGGAUACAUAUGCAUAUGCACAGAUAUCGACGAAUGUGCAGAGGGCACGCACAACUGCCACGAACACGCAACCUGUACUAACACAGACGGCAGUUUUACCUGUUCUUGUAACAACGGUUACAGCGGGGAUGGAGUCAUCUGUGAUGUUACAGAUAGCAGUGGCUCAAGCAGCACCGGUGGCUCAAUGGAAAUGGGAAACUAUUAAAUGUAUAAGAUGAUUGCGACAGUUGGAAGACACUAUUGGGGAAAGAAAUAACACAUCAUCUGCAUCCCCGAGAAAAUAAUACCGUUUUGGAAUAGAAUUAUUCUCGAUCUACCCUAGAUUCUACGCUACUUAUAGAUGCUUAAAGAAAUAAUUACAUUCUAGUUAGUGAUGCUAAAGCAAGUAAAUCCAUUGUUUUUAGUGAUACUAAAGACGGUUUUGCCUUGAGUCGUAGCCAAAAUCUUUUUGUUGUUUUCACGGGUUUUAGGGACCCAUGCGUUUUAUUUCCGACAGAAUCUUUUUCGCCAAACAGCUAGAUUUCUCUGCACCUAGUUUUAUCAACUAUUGACAGGCUGAAUAAAAGUACCAUAGGGGAACUAUGUGGCUAUAGAUAUGUUACCGAUGGACGACUGCUGUUUCAAGGAUUUCGGUUAGCUUUAGGAAUUAAUCUACUCGCCGCUUUAAACAACUACUUUGUUCCAAAGGUACCUAUACAUAAUUAUCAACAUGGGCGCCAAUAAAACAUCUACAUGUCUAGAAUACAACCGUGUUAAAACCGGGUGCUGCAAUAUGAUAGAAUGCCGCCAGAGGACUCUAGUUUUGCUGUAGAACGCCUACCAACAGAUACAAAUAUCAUACAGAUAUAUCAUACAGAUGUAUCCACAGCUUCUCGUGUGAUGAUUUCCAUAAACAAACCUACAAGUGGCACAUAAGAUAUGGUGAUUUAAGUAUCGGGUCACAUAAACGAUAACAUAUUCCAAACGUCCUUGGAAAAACGACAUAUAGCUACAGAUGUAGGCAUAUAGAUACUUGUUGUAAGUUGGUGACGGCAAUGGUAGUGUUAAUAAUAUUAAUUUUAUUCUAAGCCGUCAGGUAGAAACAUCAAUAUUCAAGAUAUCAAUACACAAGAUGACAAAGUAGCUAUAUCUUAAGGUAAAGAGUAAUGUUAAUUAGCGAUAUUGAAUAGCCGUCAAUUUCCAGCAGUUCAUUAUAGUAAUUUCUUUUUAAUUUUAAGAUAACUUUAUUCGCAUUACACAUUUCAUCGAUCAUCGCACCAUGAGGCGAUAAUAGAUAUAGUACAUACACUAAUUAAAUUUAGUACUGCAAAGCUAUUUUAUCUUCUACUCAAAUUAAAAGGUAAAGUUAAUUACUACUUUUAGCUCUUUGCAAUAGAACUGUCACUUCACACCUUUAUCCCGUAGGAAAAUUAUAUCUUUAUGGCUUAUACAUAUGUAACCAAGAAACAUGCAAUAAAUAGUGAUAGACAAUG